GAGGCUGGAGAGAAUCGUUCGGGGGCAUUCGUAAGCCAAAAAGGGGAUGGCCCUCGACGCGCUCGGGCUCGAUUGGCCGCCCUCCCCCGGCGGCGGUAACGGUCGCGGAGGCGGGGCCUGACGUAGCUGAUCCCAGCCUGGGCUGGCCGGGCUGGCUGCUGGUGGGAGGCGGCAGCUGAGUAAGAUGAAGAUCCAGUUUCAGACAUGAGACUCGUUGGGUGAUCAUUUCAUUGAGAUCAACCUGAAUGACCAGGUGUAAAGUGCAAGAGUAAUAUGCUAUGACUGAGUAACUAUGUUUCCGGUAGCCCCUAAACCCCAGGAUUCCAAUCAACCAUCAAACAGACUCAUGACUGAAAAACAGCAGGAAGAAGCAGAAUGGGAAAGCAUAAAUGUGCUAUUGAUGAAGCAUGGCUUAAAACCUUUGUCUCUAGUCAAAAGAACAGAUCUCAAAGAUCUCAUCAUUUUUGACAAACAGUCAUCACAAAGGAUGAGACAGAAUUUGAAAUUGCUGGUAGAAGAAACAUCACAUCAACAGAACAUGAUACAGGAGCUUAUAGAAUCUAAUCAACAGCUUAGAAAUAAACUUCAGCUAGAGCAAAGCCGAGCAGCCAAUCAAGAACAACGAGCUAAUGACUUGGAACAAAUUAUGCAGAGUGUGAAAUCCAAAAUUGGUGAAUUGGAGGAUGAAUCACUAAAUAGGGCUUGCCAGCAACAGAAUAAAAUAAAAGAUCUUCAAAAGGAGCAGAAAACUUUACAGGUGAAGUGCCAGCAUUAUAAGAAAAAACGAACGGAGCAACAAGAAACUAUUGCUUCUUUGCAAAUGGAAGUCUGUAGAUUAAGAAAGGAGGAAGAAGAUCGCAUUGUCACUCAAAACAGAGUGUUUGCCUAUCUGUGCAAAAGAGUUCCUCAUACCGUCCUGGAUAGACAGUUGCUUUGUCUAAUCGAUUACUAUGAAUCUAAAAUUAGAAAAAUUCAUACACAAAGGCAAUAUAAAGAAGAUGAAAGUCAGUCAGAAGAAGAAAACGACUACAGAAAUCUGGAUGCCUCACCAACUUAUAAAGGCCUUUUAAUGUCAUUACAGAAUCAACUCAAGGAAUCAAAAUCUAAGAUUGAUGCACUUUCAAGUGAAAAGCUGAACCUCCAAAAAGAUUUGGAAACCAGGCCCACACAGCAUGAAUUAAGACUUUAUAAACAGCAGGUGAAGAAACUGGAAAAAGCCCUUAAGAAAAACAUCAAAUUACAGGAGCUUAUUAGUCAUAAGAAGGCUGAGGACACAGAGAAGAAAGAUGAGCCCAGCAAACAUAAUCAGCAACAGGCCCUAAUUGACCAGAGAUACUUUCAGGUGCUGUGUAGCAUCAAUUCAAUUAUCCACAAUCCAAGAGCUCCAGUAAUAAUUUAUAAACAGAGCAAAGGGGGAGCCCAAAAUUUUAAUAAAGAUCUUGUUCAAGAUUGUGGAUUUGAGCAUCUUGUUCCAGUAAUAGAAAUGUGGGCAGAUCAGCUGACAUCCUUAAAGGAUUUGUAUAAGUCUUUGAAAACACUAUCUGCAGAACUGGUACCUUGGCAUAAUUUGAAGAAGCAGGAUGAAAAUGAAGGUAUCAAAGUUGAAGAUUUGUUGUUUAUAGUAGAUACUAUGUUGGAAGAAGUUGAAAAUAAGGAAAAGGACAGCAAUAUGCCAAACUUUCAAACUUUGCAAGCUAUUGUUUCUCACUUCCAAAAGUUAUUUGAUGUGCCUUCUUUAAAUGGAGUCUAUCCCCGAAUGAAUGAAGUUUAUACUAGGCUUGGAGAAAUGAACAAUGCUGUGAGAAACCUCCAAGAACUCUUAGAAUUAGAUAGUUCAUCCUCAUUGUGUGUGCUGGUAAGCACUGUUGGAAAACUCUGUAGGCUGAUUAAUGAAGAUGUGAAUGAGCAGGUUAUGCAGGUAUUAGGACCUGAAGACCUCCAGAGCAUUAUCUACAAAUUGGAAGAACACGAGGAAUUUUUCCCAGCAUUUCAGGCAUUUACUAAUGAUCUACUUGAAAUCUUAGGCUGAACCUUCCUUGGGCAACUUGUACAUCCUUGCUGCAUUUUAUGUAAGAAUACUUUACUUGCUGCCUUCUAUUUAUUCUGUAUUCUCAAUAUUCAGUCACGUUUUCUUAAGAGUCACUGUUCUGCCUCAUACCCAUGAGUACAAGCCACUUUGGACUCUUCUUCCCCACUUUUAUAAGCAGCAGGUCUAGGAAGAUUUCUCUGUCAUUCUUGUUGAUGGGCAUAUAGAAUAUUAUAACACAUUUCCAGGAAGCAGCAUGGGGAUCUGGAAUGGUGAGUAAAUGUCAACAAACAAGCAUCCACAUCCUUGGUGUUAUGACCUUAGGGAUCAGACGUAAGAUAAUAGGCUCCUUCUAGAUUUAAAAUUCUCUGUCAUGAUAGCCUGCCGUUACAUUUCUAAACACUAACUUACAAUUUGUGGAAGAACUUGGGUCUUGAGGGUUGGGUACAAAAAGUAUUUGGAUAUUCAAUAAUGUAAAUACUAUGAAUUGAUUAAAUUAUUCCAAGAAAUUGAGGGCAGGGCAAGAUGGCAGAAUAGAAGCCUACACUAUUGAUCCCCACUGCAGGAACACCAAAUUUUAACAACUGUCUACACACAGAA